UCGAAAAUGGUCAAACGGGUGAAAAUUUAGUGUAUUCCACGAAAAGUUGGUGGAAAAUCAUGAAAAUCAUAAUCCAGUAAUGAUGCUUUCCGCCCUUGGGGUCAGUGUAACGCCAAUGUAACGGAAAAAAAAGUUUGAAAUAUAGUGCUCAAAUACAGUGGCUUACCAACGAAGCGAUAAAACUGAAAAAAGUUUGGAAAACGGGAAUAAGAAUUCGUGCCCUGGGGAACCGAGUGUCAUACGGGCCAAAUCGGUUAAAGUGCGAGUGUAUUUCAAAAUUGCAGCAAUUUUGAAUGUCCUGAAAUAAUCAUUAAAUCAAUGGAAAAAUGUGCUCAAAUAUGUUGUCAAGCAAUAAUAUCAGCUCAUGAAGAAGUAACAAUUUAGUGACACGCAAAAAAGCAGAAAAUCGCCAUCAUCCUUCAAACGACCCAGUUAUUUUACGCACUCGGCACAAUCGGAUUCCAAAGAGCCUGGGUGUCCCUAGAACCAGAAACCAAAAUGACGCAGUUGGAAGAUGAUGUCCUAUUGAAUAAUUUGUUGAAAUUUCCCGGGACCAUCAUCAUCUACAACAAUGACCUGAACAGCUACAAUUACGUUCUGAAUGGACACAACUCAAUACCCCUGACCACUGGCAGCACACCACUGCCGGACGGUUCGAUGGAUUUGAACGGUGCAGUGUCCAUCAAUGUUGAAACCAUUCCGUCGGAGCCUCCGCUAGAAUCACCAGCAACAUCGACAAACUCGUUACAAAGUCAACACGAUGAUAUCUGCAGUGCCAGUAACAGUAGCCUAGUAACCGAAUCCGCGGCCAACACAUCCGGUAGCAUCAACGAGGACUACGAUGGAGAAGAGAUGGACGUCGAUGAGGACUCGGAGCCGGAACUAACCAAUCUCUCCUGGUUGACAGAGCUCAAGAACAUCACCAAUCUGACGCCAUCGGAUAUCCCGCUGACGGAUCUUCCGACGGCUCGAUUCAAUAAGUUUAUCGCUCAAGUGAGAAGAAGUCGCGAAUCGUACGACAAACGUAAAGAACAGUUCACCGCGUUAUCAAAUUGCGAGGAGAAACCUCCUUUCAAUUACGCGCAAAUCAUUGCAAUGGCCAUGCUGGACGAAGGCCGGAUGACACUGAAGCAGAUCUGUAAAUGGAUACAGGAAAAGUUCAUCUACUAUAAAGUGCACAAGAACUGGAAUAACUCCAUCCGACACAACCUUUCCUUGAGUUUCUACUUCACGAAAGUUUCACGAGCGAAGGAUGAAAAAGGCAAGGGAGGCUACUGGGAGCUAUCGAUGGACGCAUCUAAAAGUGAGAGGAAGCGAAUUCGGGUGCGACAACGUAACCGAGGAAAAUCUGCCGGGUCGUCAACUCGUAGCCGUAAUCGGUUACGCAAAACAAACAACAAUAGCAAGUCCACGAUCAACAACAAUUUGCAGUCACCAGACAAAAGUUCCUCUGGAGGGAGCCCCGACGGAAACAAUAACAACAACAAUUCAAGUGAUACCAUUUUUAACAAGAACACAAGUGCCGAAAGUAUUUCCGUGGAUGAUCAAAUCAUACAAACAGUAACCAUGGACACCAAUAAUCCCUCCGAUUCCAUAAACGAACAGGUUUAUAAAGCAAACGAAUCGUCAGAGAUGGCCAUGCUUGAAGAUCAACUAAUCAAAACCAGUGCCUUGGUGGAAAAUUGCGCAAUAAACUUUGAUUCGAUCAUAAAUGCGGAAACAAAUGGCAACAUAUUCACCACUCUGAACGUUGAUGAGAUCUUCUCCGGCAACGAAAUUCCGCAGCCUGCUAACGACGAUAUAAUCGUUCCGUUCUUCGGUACCAAUGGCCAACAAACGAUCCAAACAGGACCCAACGUAAUCGUUGAAACGAUUCCGUAUUUCCUUCCCGAUAUGGGCAACUUCGAUGAGCAGGACUUUGGAAAUUUGAUCAACAUCAACGAGCAGGAGAUCAGUGACGAGUUCCUUAACGAGCAUGGAUUUCUGUAAAUUUAAGAAGCUCAAAAAGCAGCAUUUUUCCUCUUUGUAGUAUUCUGGAAAUCCAAUAUUGACUGUUGGUGCCUUUGACAACCAGUGUUUAUUCCGUCCAAGCCAUAGAAAACCACUAGUCCCUACUAGUAAGAUUUAGUAGAUUUAGGAAUACAGUAAGAGAAUUGCAGUACAACAUGGUGAAACGUUUGGCCAUGGGUACUAGACAUCGAGAGUGGAAUGCAAUCGCAAAGUAAGAAGUCUGAAGAGUAAAUCAUCUUUUCUAAGCUGUUAAAACUGUGUUUGUAGGAUUAC